GGAUGUUGUUGUCUGCGGAGGGACGCGGCUUGGCACGGCGCAUGCGCGCUGAUGACGUCAGCACCGAAGAUGGCGGCGAUGCGGAAGACGGGAUUCAGAGAUUCAGCGAUGGGAAUAUUCGCAGUUUUACUGUCACUGCAGAUCCUUUCUGUGCGCUGCGCACAUUUAGCGAAAGCUGAUAGUCCUCCAGAGACAGACGAUAAAAACAUAAAGGUCGUUUUAGCACCUGAUAAGACCACGUUGAACGUCGAGACCAACAGUCAUCAGAGUCCGUUGGGCCAGGUGACGAAUGCAACGCAAGCUCCUGCUAUCGAUGUCAACACCAAAGCAGCAGACACUCCCACGGCUCCACCUACGACUGCUGCCGCAGACCUGCUCGAAGCCACUCCAGACCAGAGUACACCUACCAAACACAAGUCCCCAGAGCCCACCAGCCCACCUGCAAACAACCCCACCACCGACUCCACCACCCCUGCAGCUGACAAAGCUGAGAGCACCUCAGACUACAUGGGUGACCGCACGUCUCUAGAAACAAAUGUGGGCUUUGGACACGGUGGAGACGGUGGACACGGUGGAGAUGGUGGAGAUGGUGGAGACGGUGGAGACGGUGGAGACGGUGGAGACGGUGGAGACGGUGGAGAUGGUGGAGAUGGUGGAGACGGUGGUGACGAUGGUGGAGACGGUGACGAUGGUGACGAUGGUGACGAUGGUGAUUUUGUUGAAAACUUAACUGAGCCACCUCAAAAAAUUGAGGGUGUGAGGAAAGACCCUCUCCGCCCUCACAUCCCUGAAGAAAUAAUUGUUCAAAACAAGGGCACAACCAUCUACACCCAGGAUGAAGAUUCCCACUUCUUCUUUCAUCUGGUCAUCAUCGCCUUUCUGGUGGCCAUCGUGUACAUCACCUACCACAACAAGAGGAAGCUGAUGCUGCUGGCUCAGAGUCGCCGCUGGCGGGACGGUUUCUGCUCACGCGGGGUGGAGUAUCACCGGCUCGACCAGAACGUCAACGAAGCCAUGCCCUCGCUCAAGAUGACCAACGAUUACAUCUUUUGAAGAAAUGCAAACAGUUGAUUACUUGAUUCUGUCCACACAUUGUGUCUUAUUUAAUCAGGGGAGGAGAGGUUGUGCUUUAGUGGUGUGUUUGUGUGCACUCUUCAGAAGGUCUUCGGUUCUGCUUCUAGUUCUCCUCCGUGUUUUCUUCGGUGUCUAUGAAAGCAAACGGUUUUGCUUUACUUUUAAUAAUUUUUGAAGAAAAGCAAAUGAAGGUCUGUCUCUGUAAAUAUUUGAUUAUAAACCUGCUGUCUGUCACGUACACUCUUAAAAAUAAAUGUGCUUCGCGAUGCCAUAGAAGAACCUUUUUUGUCUAAAUGGUUCCAUAAAGAAGCUUUAACAUCUUCAAGGUUCUUCAGAUUAUAAGAAGGUAAGAAAAAGAUGGUUCUUUAAAUAAGCCUUGACUGCAUGGUUCUUCUAUGCUAUGGCAUCGCUGUGAAGAACCUUUUAAGCACCUUUAUGUUUAAGAGCGUAAGCCUAGAACAAAAGACGGAUGAUUAUUUCGAGUUCAGCACAGCUCAGCUCAUAUGAAGCCAUGCUAACUAAGAUGUGUGUGUGUGUUUGCUGUGCAGCCGUUUUGGGCUGGUCCCCUUUCCGUUUGUGUUAUGACUUCAGUGAAGUUGUUUUAUAGGAGCCGGGUCCACCGUUGCCAAAGCCCGGGAGAUUUACGGGAAAUUAGCGUGCAACUGUUUUUAUUUUUGUCCUUGUUUAUUUUUAAAAUUCACUUUAAGCGUUACCCCAUCUCAACACGACUGUAGCAGCAGCAGCCGGAGGCGUAUGUGUAUAUGUAUGUGUGUGCAAAUCUGCUUCAGCUACAACACUAAUAACACACAUUACAGCAUCUUCGUCUCUGAUUUCCAUCAGAGCACAUGAAGCUUGAGUCUGUGCAUGAAGACAGCAUAUUGAUUUCCUCUUCAAUCAGUAUGAAUUAUGUUCAUCAAUAAAGCACCUCUGUAUGCACACAG